CUAUAACACGCUUCCAAAUGCUGCCCACAGGGGCACGUAGAGGAGAUUUUGGCCGGUUUUACAUGUGAUCUUUUACAUUGCCUUAAACACGGUGGGAUUAUCACCCGAGAAUGGGAUCAUCAGGCAGCACACGCAGGGUCACCAUCGUGAAUGAACAUUCACCCGAUGUCAUCAAGAUAUCCGACGCUGUGGCGAAACGACUCAAAGGAGACACGGAACCAAUAACCAGCUCUGCAUCUCGUACAGAGGUUAGUCGUCCCUACGACAGCCGCGCUGGGGACAGUCUGGAAGCUCGAAGGCUCCAUUAUGAAGACAUCCGAAAAGUGGACAGCGUUUGGAAAGAACGGUUAGAUGAAGUUGAAAGACAGAAUCAAGAGCUUUACAAGCUGGCCACGGACAAGUUCGCCGGCGCUGUAGACGAAGUUGGAACGAAGUAUGUGAAGCACAAGUGUGUUCCCGUGUGUGAGGCUGCCCAGAAGAAGGUCCUAGAGUGCUAUGAAAGGAAUCAGAAACAGCCGCUGAAUUGUUCCAAGCUCGUGGAUGCCUUUACACGCUGCGUUCACCAGGCACGAAAGGACAUCAUAGCACAGUAGGCUGGGUUGUGUUCAAAUAAGUCAGGGAUUGGUACUUUGCUCGCGUGUUAGGUUGGAGAUAGCACUCUAGAUGCUUUUGUAAUAUUUCAAGCACGGGAAAAAUAAACUGUUCUGUUCACAGUUGA